UAGUUCAUGAUUUAAACGCGUUUUCUUGUGUUUUAUAAGAAAUGCAAAGAAACCACAGGCUGUGGCAUGAAGCAGCUUAAAUUAAGGAAGUUAAAGUCUCACUAGUUACAGGAAGUAGAACUAUUGUGACUUAAAAGCUCCAGUUCAGAGUUACACAGGAAGCAGAGAGAGGCGAUGAAGCAGAGAGAAACAUGGAGGAAUCUAGAUGGAGGAAAAUGUUGGUAUUUUUCAUCCUGUUGUUGCAGUUUACAGGAGCUCUAAGCAGAAAUGAAGACCUCUUCCUCUUCUUCACUGUCAAAGCUGGAGACAAUGUCACUUUGCCUUGUAAAAAUGUGGCUGCAGGUCACAGGAACUGUGACACUACCGUCUGGAUCUACAGUAAAUUAGGACAAACAGCUGUAGAGUUAAUUUAUCUUGGACAGGUUAAACAAACCACAUCAGACAGACUGAGUGUUUCUGCAGACUGUUCUCUGGUUCUUAAGAAAGUCACAGCUGAGGAUGUUGGUCGGUACACCUGCAGACAGUAUAUAUCAGGAACACAGUCAGGUCCAGAUGCUGGAGUUCAUCUUUCUCUUGUUAAAUUGACAGAACAUCAGAACCAGGACAGAGUGACAUUAAACUGCUCUGUGUUGACAGAUGAACAAUGUAAACACACAGUGAAGUGGUUGUUUAAAGGGAAAGAUGUGAAUAAAGAUAACCAAGAGUUAAAAGAAUCAUCAUCUUCCUGCUCUGCUGCUUUCAACUUCCAGACAUCUCAUUACACUUUAACAUCAAGGUUUAACUGGUUCAGCUGUGAAGUGAAGACAAGAUAUGAUAAGGUGCAGCUUUUUAACUUCAGCUCUCGUUCAUCAGAUCGAGGUAAAACAUCCGCAACAACUGAACCUACGUUUGCUUCCCCUGAAAACCCUGUCCCAGCAGAACAUUCGACAGACUGGUGGAGGUUCCUUCUUGGUUCUGUGGGUUUAGCUGCUCUGAUAGCAGCUGUUGGAAUCAUCAACAUCUGGACAAGAACUAAAGGGAGAAAAACACAUCUGGAUGAAAACCCUGUGUGUCUUGAUGAAGAUGAUGGUCCAGUGAACUAUGAAAACAUCAGAACUUCUACAGUUUGACCCUCCUGCCUCUGUCAGACUCAGCAGAAGCUCAACAUCAGCAAAUGUAUCUGUCCUCAUUCUUUUUAGCCUGAUUGUCUCAUUUACUGUUAAUUUAUUAAAGGUUUUAGACCCAAAAGAGAUGACAGUGAUCCUUAUUUAGUCCAAUAACAUUCAGCAGUUUUCAUUUUGACUAACAUAGUUUUUUUGUAUUUCAUGUCCAGUGGAGCCUGUACAGAACAAUGUCCCUCAGCCCCAUGUCUAUACUUCCCUUAUAGAUGAGUAUAAACAUUUACCCUCCAUUAAAUCUAUCCUAAAUGGUCUUUGCUACACUUUAACCCAAGCUGUCAGCAUUAUGUGCAUCAUGUCAGAUGUUAUUUAAAGGUUGUUUUAAAGUUGUUUUGCUUUGCUUGGAUUAUCUAUUACCCUACAGAAAGAGGGGGAAAAGUUAUAAAGAAUCGUCCUCUUUUUGUUAAACUCAUACGGACUUCCAAAAUAAAGGCUUGUGGAAACCAA